AUGUCUGACGCUGGCCGCAAGCCUCUCUCUGACCGUGUUGGCGAGACCAUCACUCCCAACUCUAACAAGUCCUAUGCCGAAAAAGCCAAAGAGUCUGCCACCGGGACUGUGGACAACAUUGCCGGCAUGGUUCAGCCAGGUGACAGCAAAUCCACCAGCCAAAAGCUCGCUGAUGAGUCUUCCUCCAAGGCUGGUUCGGCCCAGGACACAGUCUCCAACUUGACCCAGAAAGCCUCCUCUACUGCUGGCUCGACCUUUGAGAGCGUGCAAACCAAGGCUGCCGAUUUGGGUAACCAGGCCAGUGACAACACUGGGGAUGCCCAGAAGAACAUCCAAGAGACUGCGUCCAACAUUACUCAAAAGGCCCAAGAGGAAGCUGGGGUUGCCCAAGACACUGGAAAGUCCUAUCUCGGACAAGCUCAAGAAUUGGCUGCGAACGCCUUGAACAGUGCCAGUAAGGUUGCAUCUGAUCUCGCCAAUACCAUCUCUGGUGAGAAGAAGUAA